AUGGAGAAUAGUACCAGGGUGACUGAGUUCAUUUUUGUGGGGAUAACUGAUAACCCAGACCUGCAGAUCCCCCUCUUCUUCAUAUUCACGCUCAUCUAUCUCAUCACGCUGAUUGGGAACGUGGGGAUGAUCAUGUUGAUCCUCGUGGAUUCCCUUCUCCACAUACCCAUGUACUUAUUCCUUGGUAACCUUUCCCUGGUGGACUUAGGUUACUCCACAGCUGUCACUCCCAAAGUGAUGGCCCAACUCCUUAUUGGAAGCAACGUCAUUUCCUACAGUGAAUGUGCAGCUCAGAUGUUCUUUUUUGCAGUCUUUCUCACCGUAGAGAAUUUCCUCUUGGCUGUGAUGGCCUUUGACCGCUAUGCAGCAGUGUGCAAACCUCUGCAUUAUGCCACCAUCAUGACCACAGGCGUUUGUGAGUAUCUGAUAAUAGGCUGCUAUGUCCUUGCUUUCCUGACGGCCUCCAUCCACACCGGGAACAUAUUCAGCCUGUCUUAUUGUAGAUCCAAUGUGAUUAAUCACUUUUUCUGUGAUGCUCCUCCAGUGCUGGCUCUGUCCUGCUCAGACAUCCACAGAACUGAGUUAGUUGUGUUUAUUUUUGUGGGCAUUGAUGUUACAAUAUCUAAUGUGGUCAUUGUGGUCUCCUACCUGUUCAUAUUUGUCACCGUUCUGAGGAUGCACUCCUCGGAAGGUCAUCAGAAGGCCUUCUCCACCUGUGCAUCCCAUCUCACCGCCAUCUCCAUCUUCUACGGGACAUCCCUUUUCAUGUACUUAGAGUCAAACGCCAGCCACUCCAUGGGCAGUGACAAACUGGCCUCUGUGUUCUAUGCCAUAGUCAUCCCCAUGCUGAACCCAUUGGUCUACAGCCUGAGGAACAAAGAGGUUAAGAGCGCCUUUAAGAGAACUGUGGGAAAGGCCAAGUCUUCCAUAAGACUUAUAUUUAUACAUGUAUAG